AUGUACAGUACCGCGAACUCGCCUCAUGGUGACCGCGACGGAGGGGUCGAAGACGAGGAGCAGAACUGCGAUGAGGAGGAGCAGCCACCAGAGGGUCCGCCUCACCCACACGGACAGAGGUGGCAGCAGAUUGAACAGCAACAUCAGCAGCGGUGGAAGGAGCUGGAACUACAACAUCAGCAGCUCUGGGAGGAGCUGGAGGAUCCAGGUCACGAAGAAAGAGUGAGGAUGGACAAAGACCAUGAAGAGGAGCGUCGACAUCUGGAGCAGAAACACGGUACGGAGUGGCAGAACCUGGACGAACGUCACUAUGAGGAGCGCAUUGAGCUUCAUCAGCAGCACAAAGAGGACACUGGAUGCCUGAACAUGCCGACUGAGGACCAGUUAAGGCAGCUGGAUCUCUCCCACCAGAAACAAUGGGAAAAACUCCGGCGGACACUGCGGAAGCAGAGACUAGAGCUAGAGCUCAGACACCUGAGAGAGUCACGAGAACUGGAGGAGAGGCUCCCGAGCGUCCGGUCGGAGGAGUUGGAUCGGCAGUUGGAGGAGUGCAAGAGGAGAUGUCAUCAGCUGAGACAGAAGUUAGAGAAACAGCUUCAGGAGCAGGAACAAGACCAUCAGCUGCAGAGCCUGCUGGCGCGUCACCAGGAGGAGCGUGAACAGCUUCUUCGGCAGCACGAGGAGGACUCUCGAGGUGUGAACGUGCCGACCGAGGGGCAGCCGCAGCCGCAGAGAUCGGUGACCAAAGGACAGCGGAAAGAGCAGUCUCGAAGACAGCGGAGACAGCGAGCAGUUCUGGAGCAGCAGCACGCCGCACAAUGGGCGGGGCUGAGGCGGAAACUCCGAACACAGCGGAACAAAAUGGAGCGCAGACAACAACAGCAGUCACAAGAGCUGGAAGAGAGAUUCCGAGCUGUUCGGUCAGAGGAGUUGGAUCGGCUGCUGAAGGAGUGCAGCAGCAGACGUCACGAGCUGCAGGUGGAGCUGCAGAAGGAACUGGAGGAGUUACAAAAGCAGCUUGAAGAUGGUAAGCAAUGA